AGAUCUGCUUGGUCUGAUCGGUCGUUCCCCAGCUAUCCUUUCGUUUGAUCCAUUGGAAUUGCAAGUCUUAAAAUCAACACUUUGACAUCUUGUGAAGGAAAGGUCUAAAGGAUUUAAGAGAAAAUAUAAUCCUGAUAUUGCCAGUAGUCAAGCAUGGUAAAUUCUUCAAAGAAGGUUUUGUAAAGUAAAGGAGAGGAGGUCUACUAUGGAGAGUCUGCAGGGUGUAAGCAAUUACAAUGGCAGAACAACUGACCCUGAGUCUGGAAGAUGUGGACAUGUAGGACAAGAAACAACAGAUGAAUGGAAUGAUGAAAUUGGAUUAUUGAUGGAUGAUGAAAUGCCCCCUAACAGAGAAAUUAAUCUUAACAGUAAAGAGGGUACUGCUGAUGAUCUUCAAGGUCAAAGUGUUCUCCACCACAAACAGCACCGCCACUUAAGCUGGAAGAAUGCUCUUAAAAAAGCAAAAAGUUUACCUGAUCCUUGGGAAAAAUUUCAUAUUGAUGACUCAUGCCCUACAGAAGUUGCCGUUAGACAUCGGUAUAAUGCAAUGAAGAAAAACUGGGUACAAGAUGAAGUGAGAGUCAAAAUGGAAUUACUGCCAUUUGAUCAAGGAGCCAUGAGGGAGUGCUUCAGACUGAAGAAGCUCUCCAAUUUUUCAAAACACAUGAAUUGGAAGCAUGCAGCUAAUUAUGUUUGCAAAAGGUAUAUUGACGAAGUCAGAAGAAAUGUGUAUUUUGAUGACGUCAGACUGCAAAUGGAUGCCAAACUUUGGGGUGAAGAGUAUAACAGAUAUAACCCACCAAAAAAGGUAGAUAUCUUCCAGGUUUGUGUAAUUGAACUGAAAGACAGAGAAGGAUCACCUUUGUUUCACUUAGAGCAUUUUAUUGAAGGAAAGUACAUAAAGUACAACUCAAACUCAGGUUACGUGCUGCAAGAUGAAACCCUCCGUUGCACUCCCCAGGCGUUUAGCCAUUUUACAUUUGAGAGGUCUGGUCAUCAGUUGAUUGUGGUUGAUAUUCAAGGAGUUGGCGAUCUGUACACCGACCCUCAAAUUCAUACAUCAGAUGGAGAGGAUUACGGCGAAGCCAACUUAGGCCCAAGGGGAAUGGCACUGUUUUUCAGUUCUCAUAAAUGUAACAAAAUCUGUCACAGCCUUGAACUUUCUCAAUUUGACCUAAGCACAAAAGAAAUGAAUCGAAUUGACAAAACCCUGGAAAACAUCCAAGAUUCCAGUACAAUCGUUAAGAGUAUGGACGAUUGCACAUCUCCUGGUCAUCGCAAAAUCUCCUCAGUCAUAUUUGACAUGACUGAAUAUCUGGCUCAGUCUCCUCCUCCGUCUCCAGCUGGUUCGGAGCCAGACUCCUUCAGGUCAUCACUUUCAUCAUCUUAUGAAUUAUCAAGAUAUUCACGGCAGAUAUCUGAACCAGAAUCGUCAUCAUCUGAGACCGAAGGUGAACAAAGUGAUGUGUUUACUGAGAACGAGGAUGAGGAUAUCCGCAAGUCAUUUGCUAAUGGUCUGGAACAUAAGGCAUCAAGUGUAUUUGCUGAAGUUAAAUUGCUUGGUGAUGUUCGUAUGAAGCAUCGGAGGAGGUCACAAAACAGUGUCUCUGUUCUUGGACUGGUUCAUCUUGAGUUAGCUAAAUGUAACGAGAUCGGUCGUUUUACUAACAAUGAGCCCCAAAUGGAGUGUGCCGUGUUUCAUCUAGAGCAAGCUGCAGCUUGUGCUGUUUUACCGGCUUUAAUAACAAUGGCUGAAAUCAAUUUACAGCUACCACAUGACGCACUAGCUUCAGUGACUAUUCAGGAAUCUGAAGAGGCCAAGAACCGAGGGGUAGAUUUUAUGCUGCAGGCAGCUCAUUUGGGAGACAGACAGGCCAUGGUGUACAUGGCGAAGGCUUAUGAAACUGGCUCAGGCCUGGGCUCACUAAGGGAAUGCUCUUGGGUGGAGGCAGCCAAGUGGUAUCAAAAUGCCAUCGACGUCGUGUACGAAAAUGACGAUCCACAGAACACACUAUUCACGGAUCCUAACUACGUACUGUAUGCCAAGCAAGCGUACUUGUACCAACAAGGUGGUCAUGGGCUUGACAAGCAACCUCAGAUGGCUGGCGAACUCUAUUCAGCAGCUGGAGAUUUAGCACUUGCUGCCACGAAGGGGAAACUAGCCAAUAAGUACUUUGCACUUGCUGAGGAGGCUUGGGCUGAAGAAGACGAAUAAUCUGCUCAUGUUUUACGCAGAGAAAGACGCGAGCAUUCAAGGAUUGGAUUGGCCACUUGUGUGCAGGCUCGUAGGAGUAGCAGUUUUUGUCCUUCGUAUUAUCUCCGUUUAGCUAAUGACUACGAAUUUUGGACGGUAAUAUAGAGAAUUUAAGUUAUUUUCGAAAGCGGAAGUUUAAUUUCUAGAGUAUGAAAUAAUUUGAAGUCAGAUUAAACAGUUUAACUAGUAUGGAGCCGCAGCUGGCUAUAACUUAUGCGUCCGCCAUUUUUUAACAACCUCGCAUUUCAUGCGUUGGGCAAGGUGGAUACUAGACCUCGCCCAGCUUGUCGUAGGCCUUUCCAAUAAAAGUGCGUUAUUAGACUUUG